AUGAAAAAGGGAAGUGGCAAGGGGAAGAAAGAGGAUGAGGAAAUUGCAAUGAUGUGGACUGACUUUAUAUUUCUGAGGAACAAAGGCAAUUUUGGUACCACCAAAGGCAAGGCCAUUGUCUCUUGCAUAGAUGACAUUCAAAGGCACAAAGUGGAAAUCCAGCAGAUUGAGAGGGAGCAAGAGGCAUGGCCACAUGAAGUCAAGCAGACAGGUGGAGGAUAUAGUCAUGAGGAACAUCAAUAUAGAGUUUCAACUGAAUCUCAUAGUCAGAAAACCCAGCUACAGCAGCUGAUGAUGCAGCUUCAUGCUAAAAACUAUGGUCAGAGAAACUGGAUGAGUCCAGCCCAAAAAGAGCAAGAUGAUUCUUCAAAGAAGUGUAAGAUGAAUGUGGAAUGGGUGAUCAAAGUCAGACAGGAACUGAAUGGUAUCCCUGAUAAUGUGCACUGCAGGAUUGAAAACUUCAUUGUCUGA